GAGAAGGUUUGAGGACCAAUGAAUGACCUCUGACAUUUAUUAGAAACAUGAUUGACAUGCGUAGAUGUAACAGCAGCAAACGCCUAAAAUCACAGUCUUUAAGUGUCUGUCUGGUUUAUAAAAAGACAGAAAAUGAGGCCUGAACCAAUAUGGAUCUUAUUCCUUGCAUCUGAAGUAUAGCACCAACUCCUAAUUAGAUCUCACCUGAGCCCAAAGUCUCUCUGAAUCCAACUCUCCCUUGAUGAUGAGCUUUAUUUUUUUAAGGUGAGUUAUGAGCAGGGAUUGACAUUGUGCCAGUGGUAGAGUCAUUUCAGCUUUAUCAUUUGUGCCAUUUGUUUCAGAGUCAAAGUUUAGCAAUACAUCUAAAACAGAAAGGCCUGAAAACUAUUUUCUGGAGCUGACAUACAACAAUUACAAUGUAUAAAAACAACAAAAAAAAAAAAAGUAACACAUUACAUUUGAGAUGGUAAUGCAAUACAACACCAGGGUUUUGGUGGCGUCAGAUGGGAGUUUUUUUCCCAGGAUCUCAAGUCAGGCAAAUAUCGAAACAGUCGAAGUGAUUAGCUCAAUAAGGACAUGGUUUGGCGCAGUUAGAAAAAUAUUUUAGCCAUUUUCUCUGCACAGAGCAAUAUGGAAUAUAUAAGAGAGACAAGUGACAGUUUGUGUUUUUGUUAGUUAGCUAAGCUCUGUUUAGCUUCUGUUUUAGUCUUUAAAGAUUUGAUGUUUCAGGAUGCUUUGGCUGGGAUUCCAGAGAGGUAUUUUCCAGUGUUAAUGAUCUCUUACAUUAUUAUACACACAAAUACAUACAGGUCUCUUUAUUCUCUCAUUUAAAGAGGUGCUUUCACUUCUCAUUUAAUAGCCCUACAGUAUCUUUAACAAUCAUUUUAAGAUGGGGGGGGUGUUGGGGGUGCUCAGUCCUGAUACUUGAGAUUUACUCUCCUGCAGAGUUUAGUUCCAGCCCUCUUCUUACAUACCUGUAAUUUUCAAGUAAACUUGACGGUGUUGAUUAGCUGGUUCGGUAGUGUUUGAUUUGAGCUUGAACUAAUCUCUGCUUGGGUUAAUCGCAUAGAUUGUUCUCUUCAUUUGUUGUAAAUAAAACCUUUUCUAUGUCUUGUGUACUCAUUAUUGCUUGUUCGUUUCUUGCAAUUUAGAUAAAUGAUAUAGCUUUAAACUCAAGGUGAUUGAGUGUGAUGCAGUAGUGAGGCGGAGGCCAGCCAAUGGAGCGCCUUUCUCCGCCCCCCCAGCCCACAGAGCCUGCGCCACUCACACUGAAGACAACCGGACUGUUCUUGCUUUGUGGGGUUUUGAUGCACUCUGUCUGUGGACUGUAAUGUUUCUAUCUCUCAGGAGUUUGAUAUUGCACUGGAAGAGCCCUAGUGGUGGGGAGGGUGUUAUUUGCUCGUUGAUGAGGGAAUGUGAACUGGGAGGGUGCAUCUCAGUUCAGAUUAUAACAUGUAAACAUUUAAUGCAUGCUCAAAGGUAGUUCAUUUAAUUUAGAAGUGUUUUUCUCAGUUGCAUAAUUUCUUUAUUACCUCAGUUUAUGAUAAAAAAAAUAAAUAAAUAAAAAAAUUCAGCAUUGGCUGACGUUUUAGACGGAGACUCUUUUUGUGGCCCACAGGCACUGGGCUCUUGUUGCUCAAAGGCAGAUCUUUAAGGUAUAAUUACCCCACCCCCCAACCACCCACAUGUUGUUCCAAACCUGUAUGACUUCUUUUCUUCCAUUUAACACAAAAGAAGAAAUGUUAUGGACUGACAGCCUAAGUCACUAUUCUCUUUCAUUUUUUUUAAAAAACUUUUAAUGAAAGUAAAUGGUGAUGGAGACUUUCAGACCUUUGUGUUCCAUGGAAGCAAUAGUCAUAAGGUUUAAGACAACCUGAAGGCGAGUAAUUAAUUACCAAAUUUUCAUUUUUGGUCGAACUAUCCCUUUAACUGAUGUUAAGAAAGGGCAGUUCUAGGUAGAAUUUCAGGUUUCUUAUUCUACCAGUUCUGUUUCAGUAUUAACUGCUUGGUUUUCAUCCCCUCUCUUUUCCUCCCUUCUGUUUGUGUUGCAGAAUCCAGAUGCGAAGAUGAUGCAGAUUAAUUUGACUGGGUUCCUGAAUGGAAAGAACGCCCGGGAGUUCAUGAAGGACCUCUGGCCGCUCUUGCUAAGUGCUCAGGAGAACAUUGCUGGUAUCCCAUCUGCCUUUCUGGAGCAGAAGAAAGAGGAGAUCAAACAAAGACAGAUCGAACAGGAGAAACUUGCUUCUCUGAAAAAGAUAGAUGAAGAUAAAAGGGAGAAGGAGAGCAAGGAAAGAGCUCAGUCCAAAAGCCCUAAACGGAGGAAGUCCCGCUCCCCUCCGAGGCGUGAACGUAAAGCCAGUCCCCCUCACUCUCCUCGCCGAAAACCAAGUCCAGUGGUCUUGCCUUCUAUCAGUCCACCCAAUAAUAAAGAAGAACCAAAGCAAGAACCGGACCAAUCAGAGAGCUCCAAACCAGAACCCCUCAUCCAGGAGGCUUCCUCUACCAGUGAUGUGGUGGGUGAGAUAAAGCCAGACUCCAUGUCUGAGGCUGUGAAAGAGUCGUCUCCAGAAAAAACGUCAAAAUCAGAGGACAAGCCCAAACCAAGAGACAGGGACCGAGACAAGGAUGGACGCAGAGAUAGACCACGCCACCGUUCUCGUUCCCGAUCACCUCGCAGGCGACCCAGAUCCCGCUCCAGGUCGUUCUCUCCACGCCGCAGAUCGAGUCCCAGGAGACGAAUCUCUCCAAGACGCAGGAGCCCCCCUAGACGCCAGCCUCCAUCUAGACAUCGACGCAGCCGUUCACCUGUCCGAAGGCGGCGCUCUCGCUCCCGAUUCUCCUCAGGCAGUUCCUCGUCUCGUUCCCCCCAUAAGAGAGCAGGUAAACGUGUGUCAGCCACCCCGCCCAGAAAACUUCUACGCCGCUCGGACCCUUCCAGCCCCUCCAGAAGACGAGGCCACAGCCCAUCUGGACCGGACACCAGCCCUUCAGCUGCGAAACACAGACCUGGUGGAAGGAACACCUCUCGCUCUCCUCCUAAACCGAGACGAUCCGAUGCAUCAGAGUCUGAGGAGGAGAAGGUGGGCAAAGAGUCAACGGCAGAUUCUGUCCAGCAGCGACGUCAGUAUCGCAGACAGAAUCAGCAGUCGUCUUCAGACUCUGGUUCAUCCUCUUCUUCAGAAGAUGAAGGUCCAAGGCGGCAGAAAAGGGGUGCAGCUGCCAGAAAUGGAGAUGUCAGGAGGCGGCGGAGCCAUUCACCUGCAUCACCACGGAGGCGGCAAAGAGAUGCAUCCCCAAGAAAGAGACAUUCUCCAUCAACUGGUGGUCGUAGACAUCGCUCUCCUUCUCCUCGCCGCCGCAGGUCGCCCUCUCCUCCAAGACGCAGAUCUCCAUCUCCACCUCCCCGACGCCACUCUCCCGCUAUUCAGCGUCGUUACAGCCCCUCCCCUGUCUCAGCUCAGAAAAGACGCACAUCAGGGUCUCCCCUUCCUAAGCACAGAGGGUCUCCUUCACCUGUGCCCAGACGCAGACGGUCUCCGUCCCCUGUGGGCAAGCGCAGACGGUCUCCGUCCCCUGUGGGCAAGCGCAGACGGUCUCCGUCCCCUGUGGGCAAGCGCAGAGGGUCUCCGUCCCCUGUGGGCAGGCGCAGAGGGUCUCCGUCCCCUGUGGGCAGGCGCAGAGGGUCUCCGUCCCCUGUGGGCAGGCGCAGAGGGUCUCCGUCCCCGGUGGGCAGGCGCAGAGGCUCUCCGUCCCCGGUGGGCAGGCGCAGAGGGUCUCCGUCCCCGGUGGGCAGGCGCAGAGGCUCUCCGUCCCCGGUGGGCAGGCGCAGAGGCUCUCCGUCCCCGGUGGCCAGGCCCAGAGGAUCUCCCUCCCCUGUGGGCAAGCGCAGAAGAUCUCCCUCACCUUUGGCCAAACGUCGCUCCUCUCGUUCCCCCAAACGGAGUCGUGUUAGCAGUCCAGGAAAGAGACGCACUCCACCCUCUUCUACUUCACCUCCACCCCGCCACUCUAGAAGUUCUCCAAAUCCCUCUGCAGCACAACGGGGCCGUGACAACCGCUUCUCUCCCCCUACCCAUGCUCUUCGGGUGUCUUCCAGUCCUCAGGGUCGAUUUGCCCCCUCUGGUUCACCUCCGCAGAGACAAAGACGUCAAACGUCCCCGUCUCACGAUACGAGACCCAUUCGUAGGGUUUCACGCACACCAGAACCUCGCAAAUCUCAGAGAGGUUCUCAGAGCCCCCAGCCGGUAAGGAGGCAGGUUUCUCGAUCACCAUCUGCUUCUCCUCCUCUGGUGGCUCACAAGCGACCUGCUUCAGUUUCUCCCUCUCGCUCUGCUAGCCGCUCCCCACUUCCACCUUCCAAAAAGAACAGCAGUGUCUCCCCAUCGCCAAACAAGAACUCUGAUGUAGAAGCUGGUAAGAAAAAGAAAAAGAAGAAAGAGAAGAAACACAAGAAAGAGAAAAAACACAAGAAACAUAAAAAACAGAAGAAGGAGAAGGGUGGAGAAGAGAAGAGUGGAGGGGUGGCAGGAGAACAUGGACGGGAAGUGGAGCCAGACUCUGACCAGAAAAAGGAAUCAGAAAGUGAAGUAGAAGACAGUUUGGAUGAUCUGGAGAAGCAUCUGCGUGAGAAAGCUCUCCGCUCCAUGAGGAAGGCCCAGCUGUCUCCAUCAUCUCAGUCCUGAGGGAAAAUCUACCACACCUCUCUGCCACUCAUUUUAAAUGUUUGAUGUUGAUUUCUGCUUUAGAAUGUACAAAUUGUUAAAAUUCACCCUAGAAUUUGUUUGUUUUUUAUGUUGGAUUUAUUAUUAUUUGGCAUGUUUAUUGUUGGGGGAGUUUUAUGAUGCUCAAUUUUUGAUUGAGCAGCUGAUGUUUCUUGAUCACCCUUUGUCCUUAUCUCCACCCUUAAAUACUGUCAACAUCCGUUUAUCCAAAAAUAACCUUUUUUUAGUCCCCAAGCCCCUCCUAUUGCUUUUACUGUUACGAUGAAACAAAAGGAAAACUAAUUUGCAGUUUUGAGUUAAUAAUAUACAAGUUAGCCUAUGGAUUCUCUCUCAACUUUAGCAGGACUUUCUAUGAGAGUUUGUUUGCAUGGACAGCAGACUUCAGUGUGUGUCCUCUUGUGUGCAUGAUCUAGAAACCAAAACACCCAGUGAGCUGUGAGAACUGAUCCAGCAAGCGACUCACUCUGUUCAUCUGAGCAUUGGGGAAGCACUCAAGAGCUUUUGUGUGCACAUGAGAACAAAUCAGAAAUGUCUGUUUUCAUCCUUCAUUUUUGCUUUUUAUUUUUUGUAACCCAAGUUGUUUGAAAUUGUUAAACUUGGCUUUAAACAAAGUCACAUUAAAAUGAAAGAAAACAUUUA